AUCGUUCGUGUGUGAUGUCAGUAACUUCUGCUUGUCACGGCACGCCACCUCCAAUUCCAGACGGCGUAUCAGUACGCGUGUACGGCUGGGAGUUCGAUCCUUUCUCAGAGAAAGUUCGUCUUGCUUUGACUCUGAAGGGUGUGAGGUUUGACGUGAUUAAUUGUGACCUGAAGAACAAGCCAAAGUUUUUUCUUGAUGCCAACCCACUUGGAGAGGUUCCUGUUCUCAUCCACAAUGGUGUAACACUGACCGAAUCAGAAGUUUGUAUUGACUAUAUUGAUCAUGUGUAUUCCAACUCUCCUUUUUUGUAUCCACGUGAUGCGGUGGCAAGAGCAGAAGUUUGCAUACUGAUGGCAAGAUAUACAAACAAGGUCAUGCCUUCAGUGUAUUCAGCCCUGAAAGAUCAAAACAACGAGUGCAUCCCUGACCUUCUCAGCGCUCACGAGAAAUACGUGGAGGCACCACUUAAACAACUCAACAGUCCAUUCUUUGGAGGUCAAUCCCUCAAUGCAAUGGACAUCCACAUAUGGCCGUUUCUCGAGGUGAUGGAUGCCAAGGCAUCAGUCGGUGAUAUCACCAUACCUGCCACUCGAUUUCCAACAAUGAUUUCCUACAUCGAGCGCAUGAAGGAGGUACCAGCUGUGAAAGAGGUGAUGCACACGUUGGACGAUUUUAAAGGAUUCUGGGAAACGUGGAAAACUCCCGGACCACCAGACUACAACUACCACUCCAAGUACCCGUUCUAUACAGCGGAUGAGGAGAUACUCUAGAGUUUGGGAUGCUGUGCGAGUGGCAAAAGGUUGAAGCUUAUGUUUGGCUGUUUGGCUAAUUGAUUAAGGACGUUAUGCACGCUGCCAUUACUUACAAAAUGCUGUUGGUCGUAAUGACUGCUCGUGCUGCUGACUUCAACUUUGCUUGACUGUGUUGUGUUGUGUUGUGUUGCAAGAGUUACCUACAACUUUGUGCUUAAUAGUUUUAUUCAGUGUUGCUAACCGUGAAAAUGUAUGUAAAACGUAAUUAAUUAUUGACAUGAAAUCUGAAGGAUGCGAGGUAUAAAAGACUCCGAGGAUGCGGUCUGGA